ACCGAACCGAGCCAAUCUUUGAUUCUUUUUUUUACUCAUUUAUUGUAAUAAUACCGAGUAAUAAUUUACAAAACGCAAUGUCUCAACAAGAAGACAAGUUCCAGCGAUAUGCGACAGAGUACGAUCCAGUGAAAAUUGGCUCGAUCGAUGGUACGGAUACGACACCGCACGACCGAGCCAUCCUCCGGGCACUUGAGUCAGAGUAUGUCCCCAACAAGUCAGCGCGAGGGGACCCGCGGCACACCAUAUUCGUGGCACGACUGCACCCUAGAACGACCCAGGAUACCCUCAUAUCAGAAUUCUCCGGCUGCGGCAAAAUCCUACACUGCCGUCUAGUCAAGGACAUAGUGACCGGUAAAUCCAAGCAGUACGCCCUCAUAGAGUUCGAACGGACCUCCGACGUCGAGCGGGCUCUACAAAAACAUAAAGAAUACAUCGAUAACACAGAAGUUAUCGUUGAAAGAGAGGUGGGAAGAGUUAUGAAAGGUUGGAAGCCUCGGAGGCUCGGGGGAGGGUUUGGAGGGAAUAAGAACUCUGGACAGCUCAGGUUCGGAUGUAGGGAUAGGCCUUUCAAGAGGCCUAUUAAGGUUGGAGAGGAUAGGAGAGAUUGAGGAGAAUUGAGACGAAAAAUAAGCAAAAUUUGGACUGAGUCACCUUUGCGCUACGACAUGGGAUUCUUCAAGAAGCGGGUAUGUCGGGUACUCAAGGGCAUAAAUCCUCCUCCGAUGUUGCUUGUGUCCACGGACGGACAUGUAACGUAAACAAAUGAAUUUCAAACAUGGGGGCCACUUGGGGGGUAAAUGAGGAAAUUAAAAAAUAAAGUUUUUCAAACUAUAGCGUGCUAUAUAUCAAAUGAAAGAGCUCAUUGUGAGAAUCUUAACUAUAUAUUGAAAAUGACGGACGCAUUGUAACUCUAGACCGGCAAGUUGCGUCACCGUACGACUUUUCGAACUAAGUACGAAAGAACUACUAAAAAGGAAGAACUAGAAAGGUAUCAUUGGCUUUCCAUUGAUCGUUACUGAACGCGAUAUAAUAUCAUUGUAAUAACAUGUUACUAACAACCAAGUGUAUGGUUCGCAAUAAAAGAUUCUA